GUGACGCUGCUGUGUGGUCCACAAAUUCCCCUCACGAACAGCUAUAUAAUGUAGCUUUUGGGGAUGCCAGAUAACGUAGACUAUAAGAGCUCUACAUCUUCAUCAUCACCAUCAUCAACACUUCUACUGCUGUCCGCACAGCUGUCAUCAACUUGUUGAAUACUUUUGAUCAAUCUCAUUUUUCUUUUUCACCUGUAAGUGUCUUGUUUCCCUCCCAUGAUGAGCAGACUCGUCCUGACGUCAUCUGCGCUGCUGCUGUUGCUGUGUGUCUGGGUCAGCCUGAGUCAAAGCAGUCCGGUGAGGUGCUGUACCAAGUAUUCAUCACAGCCUUUUCCUGUCCUCCGACUGAAAGACUUCACCUGGCAGGACGCCACCAUGACCUGCAACAUAGAGGCUGUCAUUUUUACUUCGGUGAAGAACAGACAGAUCUGUGCCAACCCUGAUGAUCUAUGGGUUCAGAACGCCAUCUUGCAUAUUCAGGGAAAAAAAGGAAGGUCAACAUAACGUGGACAU